CUAUAAGUUGUUCAACUUGUUUAAGUCGGGGUCCACUUAAAUUGAUUCAUGAUACAUAUACUAUCAUCAUAAUAUAGUCAUCACACACGAUGACUUGUAGUAGAAACAGCCACACAAUAUUUUUGUGCAUUCUUUGUGUUUUAAAGACGUUUCGUUAUUGAUCGUCGAAUGUCGCCAAUCUCUUUCAAACCUUACCGCACUCAUUUCGCUUUUGUUUUGACGUCAAAGACCAUGUUACGUCACUGUUGUUUCUGCGCAUGCGUGCCGGCUCAGCACUGCGACCCGUCAAAAAUGUUCACGUUUUGACACCAACUGCAGACAAAAACCCGAUCGGAGAACAAUUCCAAACUGAGGACUUUUUUUUUUAUUGUUGUCCCCUGACCAACCAUAGACCGAAAUUCAAGAUGAUUAGGUUUUUGAAGAUUCUAAUAGGAAGUGGCUUCGCCGUCGUUUUGAUUGUACUAACAGUAGCAUCGAUGAGGACUCUAUCUCUGGACGUCAAUGCAGGACUUCAACUUGCAAAGUGGGAAAAGACGAGUAACAUAUCUCUUGAUAUAGACCACCAUAGGCGAGAGGAACUUCUAUCUCAUUUUAAAGAGGCCAUCCGCAUCCCGACAGUGUCUUUCUCCCCUACGGAAAUCAACACAACAGCAUUGCUUCGCUUCAACUUGUUUCUCCAAAGAGCCUUCCCAACAGUUUUCGCUUCAAGCUUGGUACACCAUGAAUUGGUGGCCAACUACAGCCACCUGUUUUGGGUCCCAGGAUCACAGCCCAACCUGAUGCCCUACCUGAUGUUGGCUCAUAUCGAUGUGGUGCCUGCCAGAGAGUCAGAUGGCUGGGAGGCGCCACCUUUUUCUGCCCAGGAGAUAGAUGGGUUCAUCUACGGAAGAGGGACGAUAGAUGACAAAAGCUCUUUAAUGGGAAUUCUUCAGGCCCUGGAAUACCUGCUGAUUAAAGGUUAUGCACCACGCAGAGGGUUCUACAUCGGUCUCGGCCAUGAUGAAGAAAUCAGUGGUCUAAAAGGGGCCAUGAACAUCGUAAGACUGUUGAAACUGCGUAAUGUGCGACUGGCAUUUGUCCUGGAUGAGGGUCUCGCUGUACUCGAUGGAGUCAUCAGUGGUCUCAGCGGGCCUGCUGCUUUAAUCGGGGUAAGUGAAAAAGGCUAUGCCACUGUAAAGCUGAGUGUGUCCACUCUUCCUGGUCACGCAUCAAUGCCUCCCAGGGAGAGCAGCAUCGGGAUUUUAGCUGCAGCCGUCAAAAGACUUGAGGAGAACCCCAUGCCCAGGUUAUUUGGUCGUGGACCUGAACGUGAUACCUUUGAACACUUGGCACACAAGUUUAAGCUCCCAAUGAAGUUCAUACUAUCAAAUUUAUGGCUGUUUUCUCCAUUGGUUGGCAGGUUUCUUGAACAAAAACCAGACUCUAAUGCUUUUGUAAGGACGACUACAGCAGUCACAAUGUUUAAUGCCGGAGUUAAGACAAACGUCAUUCCUUCCCUUGCUGAAGCGUAUGUUAAUCUACGAAUCCAUUCAGGACAAUCAUUACAAGAGGUCCUGAACCUCAUCCAGUUUACAGUUGGGGACCAACGUGUAAAGAUUGAGCUAAUUGAAGGCUUUGAUCCUUUACCGAUCAGUUCAUCCAAUGAGACAUCUUAUGGAUUCCAAAUAAUCAAGAAAACUGUGUUGGACAUGUUUCCGUCGGUAAUAGUCGCUCCAGGUAUUUGCGUGGGGAAUACAGACAGUCGACACUUCAAAGAUCUAACAACUGAUAUUUACCGCUUUAUCCCUCUGUGGUUUAAACCGGGCGAUGCAAAGAGAUUUCAUGGCAUUAAUGAAAGGAUAUCUAGAAAGAACUACGAGGAGCUUAUUCUGUUCUACUCGAGACUGAUCCAAAACUGUGACAUUCAGAAACUUCCUGAGCCCCACAGUUCUCUCCAUGAACUGUAAAGAAUGUAGCAAACGGAGCCAUAUCCUUUAUGUGAAAACAAUCAUUUGUGCAUACAUACUGUAUUGUUGUGACCAUGGAUAUCUGUGUGGUCACAAAUUCAGCACUUUUUAACUUAAAAUCAGUAUUUCAUUAAAUGACUAUAACUGAUGUCUUUGUCAAAUUAGAUUGCUGCCUACUUUGGAAAUGAUGGAACAUGAUAUCUAAACUAGGGCUGUCAAAUGAUUAACAUUUGGAUUCAUAUUAAUCAUUUGAUUGAUUGUAUUGAAGUAAAUAGUGAAUUGAUUAUACAAAAUGAGAAAACUUUUGAAAGUUAACUUAAUAUUUCAGUAAAGCAGAUGCUAAGUUCAUGACUUGAUCCAAGUGACAUGGUGGUUGGAUGGGAUCCACAGUUGCAGCAAUAGCAUAUGUACCUGCAUUACAGUUGUUUCAUUGACUGAAUAUAAUCUUACUAGAGCUCACCCAAAUUGGUCACUUGUGAACGAAACAUUCAAUAAAGAAAGAAAUAAA